UAGGGGCGGAGCCACUCGUGGUUGACUCAGGAUUGAGACGAGAGGCCGUCACAGGACUAUACCUUGCGCCGAACGUCCGUGAUUUGCUAUGAUGGAGAGCAUCUGAGCCAAUCGCCUGUCGCUACAGACCCAAGGGGCGUGCUAAUUGGCCCGGGACUAAUCUGUGGCCGAGGCAGAGACAACCAGGGAACAUACUCUCGCCAAUCGGAAGUGCUAGGAGGCGGGCGUGCCAGUCCGUGAACAGAUAGGACGCCAUGAAUAUUUUGCCCAAGAAGAGUUGGCAUGUCCGGAACAAGGACAAUGUCGCCCGUGUACGCCGUGAUGAGGCCCGGGCCCGGGAGGAGGAGAAGGAGCGUGAGCGGAGAGUGCUGCUCGCUGAGCAAGAGGCCCGCACAGAAUUUCUACGGAAGAAAGCUAGACAUCAGAAUUCACUGCCUGAGCUUGAAGCAGGAGCCUCAAGUUCUGGCCCUGUGGACUUGUUUCGGGAGCUUCUGGAGGAAGGGAAAGGGGUGACCGGAGGCAAUAAAGAGUAUGAGGAAGAAAAGCGACAGGAGAAAGAAAGGCAAGAGAAAGCUCUGGGCAUCCUGACGUACCUGGGCCAGAGUGCAGCAGAGGCCCAAACACAACCCCCUUGGUACCAGCUCCCUCCAGGACGGGGAGGCCUCUCACCUGGCCCAAGCCCAGAUGAGAAGGUCAAGAGUCGUCUGGACCCUCUGCGGGAGAUGCAGAAGCAUUUGGGGAAGAGAAGGCGCGAUGGUGAUGAAGGCAUUCACAACAGAAACAAAAAGGAGGGGCCUGAGAAACAGCGGCCCAAGGAAACCCCAUCCCUGGACCAGCUUCGAGCUGAACGUCUUCGGAGGGAAAGAGCUGAGAGGGCUCGGGCAGAAGCCCUCUUGGCCCGGAUCCAAGGCCAAGCACAUGAGGGUCAGCUGGAGGAGGAAGAGACAGAUGACCGGAGGCGGCGGUAUAACUCCCAGUUCAACCCCCAGCUGGCCCGGCGCCCCAGACGAUAGGACCACCUUGCUCACUGACUCCUAAGGGGGUACAGGAGAGGCCGCUGCUGCCAGCCGUCAUAUAAAACUAUUUAUUCAUAAAUAUUUUCCAAAAUGAAAA